GAAUUCUCCCAUUCUCCUCUCUAGUGAUCAUGGACAAGUACCAGCAGCAGCCUCACCUGUUGGACCCACACCUCGAAUGGAUGAUGAACUUGUUGUUGGAAAUAGUGCAAGAUAAGACGUCUCCAGUUGACCUCGUACAUCUGGCUUUUAAAUUUCUUUACAUCAUCACCAAGGUUCGAGGAUAUAAAACAUUUCUUCGUCUAUUUCCUCAUGAAGUAGCUGACGUGCAGCCUGUUUUAGACAUGUUUACAAACCAGAACCCUAAGGACCAUGAAACUUGGGAGACCCGCUACAUGCUUCUACUGUGGCUCUCCAUGACCUGCCUGAUCCCUUUCGAUUUUACACGCCUUGAUGGGAACCUUCACACCCAACCAGGGCAAACACGAAUGUCCAUAACCGACCGUAUUCUCCAAAUAGCACAGUCCUACUUGGUUGUCAGUGACAAGGCCCGAGACGCGGCUGCUGUCCUCGUGUCCAAGUUUAUCACACGGCCCGAUGUCAAACAGAAGAUGGCGGAUUUCCUGGACUGGAGCCUGUGCACUUUGGCCCGCUCCUCCUUCCAGACCAUCGAGGGCGUCAUCACCAUGGACGGGAUGCUGCAGGCCCUGGCACAGAUAUUUAAGCAUGGAAAACGUGAUGACUGUUUACCCUAUGCUGCCACUGUUCUCAAGUGCCUGGACGGCUGCAGGAUCCCUGACAGCAACCAGACUCUGCUCCGGAAACUCAGGGUGAAGCUGGUGCAGCGGCUGGGCCUGACCUUCCUGAAACCCAGGGUGGCGAAGUGGAGGUACCAGCGUGGCUGCCGCUCCUUGGCUGCUAACCUGCAGGCCGGCACCCAGAGCCAGAGGGAGGCCCGGACGCAUGUCGAGACUCCUGACAGCGAGGAGGGCUAUGAUGUCCCCGAGGAGGUGGAGAGUGUGAUAGAGCAGCUGCUGGUCGGGCUGAAGGACAAGGACACGGUCGUGCGGUGGUCUGCAGCCAAAGGAAUCGGCAGGGUGGCUGGAAGGCUUCCCCAGGAGCUGGCGGAUGACGUGGUGGGGUCGGUGCUGGACUGUUUCAGUUUCCAGGAGACGGACAACGCCUGGCAUGGUGGAUGUCUGGCGCUGGCAGAACUGGGCAGAAGGGGCCUGCUGCUCCCUCCCCGACUCCCGGACGUGGUUCCUGUGAUCCUGAAGGCGCUGACCUACGAGGAGAAGCGGGGUGCCUGCAGUGUGGGUGACAACGUCAGGGAUGCUGCCUGCUACGUGUGCUGGGCCUUCGCACGUGCCUACGAGCCUCAGGAGCUGAAGCCCUUCGUGGCCAAGAUUUCAAGCGCGCUGGUCAUUGCCACGGUGUUCGACCGGAACGUGAACUGCAGGAGGGCCGCCUCGGCUGCUUUCCAGGAGAAUGUGGGAAGACAGGGCACCUUCCCUCAUGGGAUUGAUAUUUUGACCACUGCCGACUAUUUUGCUGUCGGUAACAGAUCUAACUGUUUCCUGGUUAUAAGCAUGUUCAUUGCCGGCUUCCCUGAGUACACACGGCCAAUGAUAGACCACCUGCUCACCAUGAAGAUCAGCCACUGGGAUGGGGUCAUCAGAGAGCUGUCAGCGAAGGCGCUGCAUAACCUGGUCCAGCAGGCGCCCGAGCACAGUGCUGCUGAGGUUUUCCCACGCCUGCUGUCGAUGACGCAGAGUACGGACCUGCACACGCGGCAUGGGGCUGUGCUCACCUGUGCUGAGGUCGCCCACAGCCUGUACAGACUGGCUGUGCGGGAGGACAGGCCGGUCGCAGACUACCUGGACGAGACGGUGGUGCAGGGCCUGAAGCAGAUUCACCAGCAGCUUUAUGAUCGUCAGUUAUACAGGGGUCUCGGAGGAGAGCUCAUGCGACAAGCAGUGUGCGUUUUAAUAGAAAACCUGUCCCUUUCCAAGAUGCCCUUCAGGGGUGACGCCGUAAUCGACGGUUGGCAGUGGCUGAUCAGUGACACCUUGAGAAACCUCCACCAUGUGUCCAGUCAUUCCAGGCAGCAGAUCAAGGAAGCAGCUGUCUCCGCCCUGGCCGCUCUCUGCAGCGAGUACUACGCGGCGGAGCCGGGGAAGGCGGACUCCGCUGGGCAGGAGGGGCUGGUGGAGAAGUAUCUCGCCGAACUGCAGAGCCCGGAGGAGAUGACGCGCUGCGGCUUCGCCAUGGCCUUGGGCGCCCUCCCUGGCUUCCUGCUGCGAGGCAGGCUCCAGCAGGUUCUCGUGGGGUUAAGAGCCGUCACCCUUUCCUCGGAGGACGUGAGCUUCGCGGAGUCCCGGCGGGAUGCCGUGAAGGCCAUCGCCAGGAUUUGCCAAACUGUGGGUGUGAGAGCAGAAGGGACCCCGGAUGAGGUCGUGUGCAAAGGGAACGUGUCCCAGAUUUACAGCACGCUGCUGGACUGUCUGCGCGACUACACCACCGACAGCCGCGGGGACGUGGGCGCGUGGGUCCGCGAGGCCGCCAUGACCAGUCUGAUGGACCUGACACUUCUACUGGGGAGGGACCAGCCAGAGCUGAUCGACGCUCCCACCUGCCAGCAGGUCAUGUGCUGCCUGGCCCAGCAGGCCAGCGAGAAGAUAGACCACUUCCGUGCACACGCUGCCCACGUGUUCAUGACGCUGCUGCACGCGGCCGGCUCAGCCGGCCCCACCGUCCCCCACGUGCCCCACCGGGCAGAACUGGAACAGCUCUUCCCCAGGUCCGAGGCCGCCUCUGUCAACUGGACCGCACCAUCCCAGGCCUUCCCUCGCAUCACUCAGCUGCUGGGGCUGCCUGCCUACCGCUACCAUGUGCUGCUGGGGCUGGCCGUGUCCGUGGGUGGCCUCACAGAGUCCACGGUCAGGCACUCCACCCAGAGCCUGUUCGCGCACAUGAAGGGCAUUCAGAAUGACCCGCAGGCCCUGGAGAGCUUCAGUGGGACCCUCCUGCAGGUCUUCGAGGACAACCUUCUCAACGACAGGGUGUCGGUGCCGCUGCUCAAGAUGCUGGACCAGAUGCUGGCCAACGGCUGCUUCGACAUCUUCACGGCCGAGGAGGACCACCCCUUUUGUGUGAAGCUGCUGGAGCUUUGUAAGGCGGAAACCAGCAAGUCCAAGGACGUCCAGAAACUGCGGUCCAGCAUCGCCGUGUUCUGUGGGAUGGCGCAGUUCCCCGGCGGCGUGCGGAGGAAGGUCCUGCUGCAGCUGCUGCUCCUGCUCUGCCACCCGUUCCCCGUGAUCCGCAAGACGACAGCGAGCCAGGUGUACGAGAUGCUGCUCACCUACAGCGGCGUGGUGGGCGCGGACGUCCUGGACGAGGUCAUGGCCGUGCUCAGCGACACCGCCUGGGACUUGGAGCUCCUGCUCGUAAGAGGCCAUCGGAACCGCCUGUGUGACCUCCUCGGGGUGCCCAGACCUCAGCUGGUCCCCAAGCCUGCUGUCCGCUGAGGCCAGUCCUGGGAGCCGAGUAGCGCUUGUGCCGUCUGCUGGGAGGAGCCGCCAGAUGCCGCUCAGGACAGGGAACCUGGUGCAGAACCCCGGCCCUUGCUGAAACGUGUGCGGAGUUCGUCACCACGGAGGCGCUCUUUAUUACGGGCGCCUGCGCUCUACUGACCCUGUGUCGGUGCUUUCGUCUGUUUAAACGCGAGUCCACAUCUUAUAAAUCACGUGCUGAGCAGUCU